CUUUGAGAAAAAUAAACGCUUCAUUUUGAAUACUUUACAAUCCACUUUUCUUUUUGGAUACUCAUUUACAACUAUCCUACAGAGUAAAAACUUCUAAAGCCAUCUGGGCAAAUCCAGUGUAUAGAACAUUUGAAAAAAGCUCAAUAUUGAUUUUCUUUACCAUAGAUUCAUAAAAAACUUAUUCGGAAAUUUCCUCAGACAGCGGCUGUCGUUAGCCGUCCAGAUUGGCAAUGCAGCCAUUGUGAGAGUCGAUAGAACGUGCCAAAGAAGUAGUUAAAAAAGAAUUUGCUGAUAAACGGAUUUUACUUGACUGGAAAUCCAUCCUGUAAAGCCUUCUUUCCGUCGUGAAUAUGUGCAUUGUCGUUUAUCAGAAGCAGUUUUAGCUGCAGUGGAAUGACCAGCUCAAGUUCCUAACCCCGUUAAAACGGAAUACGUCAGAAAAAGCUAUCGAUACUACUUUAUCACCGUCGCAUUGAAACUAAUGUUACAAUUAUGAAAAGAUGUUCGAUUAUUUUUGUAGGUUGCGAAUGAAGUUUAACGCGUUACGUGUUCGACUGAAAAAGCAAGGUUGAUGUCUGGACAGAAUACUUCAACCGAAAAUUUGCAUGCUAUUUUUACAUCUGAUACAGAUCCCAAUUUUGAUACAUCCCAACUUGCAUUUGCCCAUCCUCUUGAAGAAGAAACGAGUCCAACACAAUUUACCCUCCCAGUGGAAGAAGUAAAAGCUGAAGAUAAAAUAAAUCCACAAACAGAUUCUGUUGAAUCCGGCAAAAUUAAGUCCCCGAUUAAGGCAUUUUCUUCUGUAGCUGCUACAGCGCUGCCAAAGGUCGAUAAGAUGAUCAAUGGAUCAUCUAGGCACUACAAGACACUUGCCAGUACCACGAGUGAAGACGAUGAAAGAUUAUUACAGGGAAUGAACAGUGAAGCUGCAGCUUAUGACUUUAAAACAGUAACAGACUUCUCUCACGGCACAAGUCGCAUAUUUGCAAAAGACGCCGAGAACGAUGCGACAGCAGCCAAUGACGAUGAGCCGGGUCCGAUCAGCUACAGCUACGGGGACUUCCACACGAUCGACUGGGUUCGAGACACGCAAAGAGACCGCAUGCGACACAGACAGCUGGUCAAAAAGUGCAACUCAGAGGGAAACACGUGGAAGAGCACUUUGAGAAGAUACUACGAUUCUCUCAAUGCAUGGAUAUGCGUCUUCCUCGUUGGUUGUUUGACUGGCAUCGUGGCCUCCAUAAUAGACAUUGGGGCCCAGUGGAUGACAGAUCUGAGGUAUGGACUGUGUGUGGGAAGCAGCCCGAACAUGAGCGACGGACCCCAGCUGUGGUUUGGCAAGGAGCAGUGCUGCUGGGCCAAUGAGGGCAAGUUCGACUCUCAAGAGGGAUGUGACCAAUGGAGAAGCUGGAGUGAAAUCAUCGCUGGAACGAGUUCUGGCUUUGGAGCUUCUCUGAUCCUGUUCAUUGUGUUUAUCUGGAUCGCUUUGAUUUUCUCUGGCGUAGCAGCAACUCUAGUUCGAGUUUUUGCUCCUUACGCAUGCGGCAGUGGUAUUCCAGAGAUCAAGACAAUUCUGGGCGGAUUCAUCAUUAAGGGAUACCUCGGCUUCUGGACAUUGCUAAUCAAAACCUCCACUUUGAUGCUGUCUGUAUCCGCUGGAUUGAGUCUCGGAAAAGAGGGACCCCUGGUUCAUAUUGCAUCAUGCUGCGGCAACCUUUUUGUCAGAUUCUUCCCAAAAUACGGUCAAAAUGAGGCGAAAAAGCGAGAAAUUUUGUCCGCUUCUUGUGCUGCGGGAGUCGCGGUGGCUUUCGGGGCUCCUAUGGGCGGUAUUUUGUUCUCGCUCGAAGAAGCAAGUUACUACUUUCCGCUCAAAACACUCUACAGAUCUUUCUUUUGCGCUCUUGUGGCAACUUCAGUGCUCAGUUUCAUAAACCCCCUCGGUACAGAUCAUGCAGUGUUGUUCUACGUGGAGUAUAAGACUCCAUGGUACAUGUUUGAACUGGUGCCCUGUGUCAUUUUGGGCGUGUUUGGAGGCGUGGUGGGAGCUUUAUUCAUAAAAUGCAAUAUAGAGUGGUGUCGCUACAGGAAAAAAUCAGUGCUGGGCAAAUAUCCAAUCACGGAAGUUCUAGUCGUCACAGUUGUGACUGCAAUACUGAGCUACUUCAACGAGUACACUUGGAUGCCGACCAAUCAACUCAUCUACCGACUGUUCCGCGACUGUCCCGAGACAGACACUUCGGACCUGUGUGAUUACGUCAUCCAGACGAAUGUGACGACCGACAUGAGUAAUGUGACGACUUUUAAGCAGAACGAGCACAGAUACCCCAAUGCACUAGCCGGAUCAGGCAUCAAAACUGCCAUUUGGAAGCUCAUCAUGGCUCUCAUUGCCAAAGGUGUCCUGACUGUGUUCACAUUCGGAUUGAAGAUCCCAGCCGGUCUCUUCAUCCCAAGCAUGGCAGUGGGUGCUAUCUUUGGUCGAAUUUUGGGCAUCACUCUGCAGCAGAUAGCAUACCACAACCCAGACGUCUACCCCUUCAACGAGGACUGCACCUCAACAUUCGACUGCAUCACGCCUGGUUUCUAUGCGAUGGUGGGUGCCGCAGCUGUCCUCGCAGGCGUGACAAGGAUGACUGUCAGUCUAGUAGUCAUCAUGUUCGAACUUACAGGUGGCUUGCUGUACAUUGUCCCAUUGAUGGUGGCAACAAUGACAGCUAAGUGGGUGGGAGAUAGUAUCUGCAAACACGGAAUCUACGAUGAGCACAUUCGUCUAAAUGGAUACCCGUUCCUGGACAACAAGCAAGAAACACACUCCCAGCAGUCAUUGGCUGCGGGUGACAUCAUGAAACCCCGACCGAGUGACCCACCACUUCAGGUGUUGACCCUGGAUGACAUGACCUUCGAACAGGUCACGACAAUGGCCCAGAGUACAAAAUUCAAUGGGUUCCCGUUGGUUCUGGACCGCGAAACAUACAGGCUAUGCGGUUACGUCUUAAGACGGGAUCUGCUGCUUGCGUUGAAAAACGCCCAGGAUAUUAAUCCAAAUGUCGUGAGCCAGUCUAAAGUCUAUUUCACAUCUGAAAUUCCUUAUGAUGAGUCUCAAAACUUGGGACCCUCGCCGCUGAAACUGAGAAAAAUUGUAGAACUGAGCCCGUUCCAAAUUACAGUUCAAACGCCAAUGGAUACAAUUAUGGACGUGUUUGUUAAAUUGGGACUUCGAACGUUGCUGGUUACAAACAAUGGCAGACUGCUAGGAAUUAUCACAAAGAAAGAUGUAUUGCGCCACUUCGCUCAGAUAACAAAUCAAGACCCAAGUGACUUUUUGUUCCAUUGAUCCGUUAUAAGUUCAUUCGUGGAAAUAAUUAUUGAAAAAUUGAAAUAUUACUGCUAUGUUUUCAUAUGAAUUAUUAAAUGCUUUAAUCAUUGCAAUAUGAGCGUUUGGGAGAUUCCGUCAUAAUUUUUUCUUACAAGUACCAUGAAAGUCCAAAUCAAAAGCAAAUUAUUCUCAAAUGCUCUAGCGAUGAUAUAUGAGUUUUCCAUUAAAUGUUAGAUUGCUUGUUUUCUAUCAGUUCCAUAUUCUCACCUGGGAUGUCUCGCAAUCCGAUCAGUGUCGUUGUUGUUUUAUUACCUUACAUAAAUGUAUAGUGAUCGUAUAUUGUAAUUUCUACCCACAGAUAGAUGAUAUUAAAUCAUGGAUAUUGAAUGAAUUUAGACUAUUUUAAUGACUAAGAUAAAGAUUAUAACUCAA